AUGGUUCCGUUUCCAACGCACGUUCACGGACGCAAGGAUGCUUGGGAAAAGCAUUUGUACCAGUGCUUAUACUACAUUCGUGUAACUGGUGCCCCUAUCCAGGGCAACGUAAAUGAAGCUGGAGUGAGUGGUGAGGACUAUUCUAACAAGCUACAAUGCACCCUACCACCCCAAUUUACCCCAGCUGAAAUGAUGACGUUUUGGCGGUUGUUGCUGGAGUAUCUAGCUGAAGCUUUGCUUCCGGACUCGUGUGUAGAACUGCUAUCGUUUAGGCGUCUGCUGGUCUUUUUAAACGAUCGCUGUGCGGCCGUGGGCGCCAUUCCGCAUCGCCAUGCUUUGGGUGGGCGUGUACUGAGCGAAUACGCGGGUCUACAUUCCAUGGAACAGCGAGAUUCUGUCAGGGCAAUUCAGAAUCGUACAGGAUGA